GAUGAAUUGUCACUCAAUCGAGCUGGCUUCAAGAGAUAAAUUUGUUAUUCAAACACUUAACAGGGUUGACUCUGAUGUGAAAUGCAUGAUUGCACUAUUCAAGAAGGGUUUGAUAGAGGCAAUAGUUUUGAUAUUUCUGUUAAAUCCUCUAUUGGAAACCCUUAUUGAGAUGGAUAUUGCUAAUGCUGUUCUAAUGGCUAUUGCAAAGAAAGAUGAUGAAUUAAUCAAGAUGUGUAUGAGCCCCAUGACCGCUUCAAUUCUUAUCUUAUGGAAAAUCUUACAAGAAGGCAAUGGUGGUUUAUCCAACAUUGUUCGCUCAAUUAUAUCAGAUAGAGUACUUGACAGAAUAUUGCUGAGCUUGGAAGCCGAGAUGGUGGAGGAAAGGAUUGCAGCUACUGGGAUUGUGCUAAAAUGCAUGGGAGAAGAUGGCCGUUCUAGGAAACUAAUUGCUGAGAGAGUACAACUGGCACCAGUUCUGGAAAGCAUUGCCAUUGUGAAUGAUAUGGACCGCUUUCAGAUUAUUUGCUUUCUUUUCGAGUUAGCUAAGCUCAGCAGGAGAUUGUCCAACGAGAAGCUUCUUCAAGCUAUAAAAGGUGGAGGUGCUUUUAGUAUGAUGUAUUCACCCCUCAUCUACCUUCAAACUACGUCAAUGGAACAAUCCUCUGUUGUUGCUGGUCUUCUUCUCCAGCUAGAUCUUCUGAUGGAGCCAAGAAAGAUGAGUAUAUACCGUGAAGAAGCUGUAGACACACUUAUCACAUGCCUCAAAAAUGUGGAUUUUCCUAGCAUUCAAUUGAGAACUGCUGAGACAAUCUUUGCUCUCUUAGGAAGAUUUUCAUCCUCUGGAAGGCCUCUUGCUCGAGCUCUUCUUUUAAAGCAUGCUGGAAUAAGAAAAGGCUACCGAGCACUAAUAGAAACUGAGCAGACUGGCCAAGCUCCUGAAGGAUCUGAGCACAAUCUGGUUGCAGCUAUAGUCCUCCUCACAAAUUGCUAUUGGGAAGAGGAAAAGGCUGCUGAAGCUUGGGAAAGGAAAAUGGCCUUUGCUUUAGUGAGUCAUGAAUUUGGGCUUCUCUUUGAAGCUUUAUCUGAUGGUUUGAAGACCAGAAAUCUUGAGUUGUCCUCCUCUUGUCUUGUCUUGGCAACCUGGCUCAGUUAUAUGCUCUCCCUACUCCCUGAUACUGGGGUAAGAGGGGCUGCACAAGUCUGCUUGAUGAAACAAUUUAUCACAAUUUUGAAGUCCGCAAGGUAUACUGAUGAAAAAGCACUUUCAAUGCUUGCCCUCAGAAGUUUCAUGCAUGAUCAAGGUAUUUUAUAUUUUACAGGGAUUUGAUAUUUUCUUAACAUUAAUUUUGGUGCAGCAGUGGUGACAAAAGAACCACAUAUUUCUACUAUACAACUCCUUUCUCAAUAUCUGAUUCACCUAUAUAUAUAUAUAUAUAUAUAUAUAUGUUAUGGUAUGCUACUUUCCUAGUCAUGAAUAACGUUAUUGCUUUCAGAAGGCCUAUUCAAUCUCACUCUUUAUAUUAAAGACAUUGAAAAUGUUAA